UCCUCGUCUUCUCAUUCACGCUAAUAGCUUGCUUGCUGUCCUUCCUGUCCCUUCCCUUCGGCCGAUUUUCUCUUGCUUGUUAUCCCCUAGCACUCGUCCUCGACAGCCAUGGCGUCGUCCCGACCAGAUACGGCAGUCGCGUCGGAAGCGCCCAGCAUAGUGAACAACGAGAAGUCUGACCUCGCACCCGCUCUCUUGGCAGAUGGGCCGACUAAAUCAUCCGCGAGGCGCAGCUGGUUUUCGAGACGAAAACAAAUCGAGAAUCCUACGCCAGGUGAGAAGCAGGUGGACGUUGAGGACAGUGGCGGUUCCGAGAAGCCGGCGGCGGACAGUGCCACUAAGCAGAUCGACUUCACGGGGUUAUUCAGGUACUCGACGAAGUUUGAGAUUCUCCUGGACGUCAUUGGUAUUAUAUGUUCUGGCGCCGCUGGAGCUGCUCAGCCCCUAAUGAGUAUAAUUUUCGGUAAUCUUACACAAGCCUUCGUCGACUUCGGUUCUGCACUCCAGGGCUUGCAAGCCGGAACGGCCAGUCCUAGUGAAGUUGAGCAAGCAGCGUCACAUUUCCGGCACGCGGCUUCCCUCGAUGCCUCGUAUCUCGUUUACAUCGGCCUUGGAAUACUGGUCUGCACUUUCGUUUUUAUGUAUGCAUGGGUCUAUACUGGAGAGGUCACUUCCAAGCGUAUUCGCGAGAAGUACCUCAAGGCCGUAUUGCGUCAGGACAUUGCUUUCUUUGAUAACGUAGGAGCAGGAGAAAUCUCUACUCGCAUUCAGACAGAUACACAUCUAAUUCAGCAGGGUAUUUCGGAGAAAGUCGCGCUUGUUGUUCAGUUCUUAGCGGCCUUUGUUACCGGUUUCAUUGUUGCCUAUGUCCGAUGUUGGCGACUUGCUCUUGCGCUGACUUCGAUCUUACCGUGCAUUGGUAUUGCCGGUGCUAUCAUGAACAAAUUUGUUUCCAGGUUCAUGCAAACCUCACUCAAGCACGUCGCAGAAGGAGGCUCCGUGGCGGAGGAGGUCAUUUCGACGAUCCGGACUGCACACGCUUUUGGUACCCAGCAUGUCCUAUCGGCACUGUAUAACAGUCAUAUCGAACAAGCUCAUGUUGUAGACUUGAAGUCAGCAGUCGUUCACGGGUGUGGACUCUCAGUUUUCUUCUUUGUCAUUUACUCGUCGUAUGCGCUAGCGUUCUCAUUUGGCACAACGUUGAUUAUCCAAGGACAUGCUAAUGUCGGCCAAAUCGUGAACGUCAUCAUUGCAAUACUGAUUGGCUCAUUCUCGCUAGCCAUGCUAGCCCCUGAAAUGCAAGCUAUUUCGCACGCUCGAGGAGCUGCAGCCAAACUGUGGGCUACUAUUGACCGUGUUCCCCCAAUUGACAUCGAGAAUGAAAACGGACUUAAACCGGAGACUGUUGUAGGGAAAAUUGACUUCGAGAACGUGGACUUCAAUUAUCCUUCCCGCCCAACCGUGCAGAUCGUCAAGAACCUUAAUAUGACAUUCACUGCUGGCAGAACGACUGCGCUUGUUGGCGCAUCCGGUUCUGGGAAGUCCACCAUCGUUCAUCUUGUAGAACGCUUUUACGACCCACUUAGUGGUUCAGUUCGCCUGGAUGGUGUCGACUUGCGUGAUCUCAAUCUCAAGUGGCUACGUUCGCAGAUUGGGCUCGUUUCACAAGAGCCUGUACUCUUCGCUACGACGAUAAGGGGUAACGUUGCUCAUGGGCUGAUUGGCACAAAAUGGGAGCACGCCUCCGAAGAGGAGAAAUUUAAGCUGAUUAAAGAAGCGUGCAUAAAGGCUAAUGCUGACGGCUUCGUUUCCAAGCUGCCAGAUGGCUAUGAAACUAUGGUCGGUGAACGCGGGUUUUUACUGAGUGGCGGCCAAAAGCAGCGAAUUGCCAUCGCUCGUGCGAUCGUUUCAGAUCCACGAAUUCUUCUCUUGGACGAAGCAACUUCUGCUCUGGAUACUCAAAGCGAAGGUGUUGUGCAGGAUGCGCUCGACAAGGCAGCGGCUGGUCGGACGACAAUUACAAUUGCGCAUCGCUUGUCGACAAUCAAGAAUGCAGAUCAAAUCUUCGUUAUGGGUCAGGGAGUCGUCAUCGAGCGUGGUACACAUAACGACCUUCUUGCGAACCCGGAUGGACAUUAUGCACGUCUCGUUCAAGCUCAGAAGUUACGUGAAGAGGAAGAACGUGCAGAAGACGAGGAGUCUGCCGAUACCAUAUUAGAGGGUGGUGAAAAUGCUAAAGAAUCACGCCGUGACUACGCAGCGGAAGCGGAGGAGGAAAUUCCACUUGGACGCAAGGCAUCUGGUCGUUCUCUGGCGAGUGAAUUAGUCGAAAAGAGACUGAAGGAGAAAGCAACAGAAGAAAAGGACUUCAACCUCAUCUAUAUCUUCAGGCGUUUCGCCGCAAUCCAGUCGAAUGUUUGGAAGAGCUAUGCAAUUGGUACUGUCUUUGCUAUAUUGACUGGUCUUGUGUAUCCGGCAUAUGGCCUUGUUUACGCGCUUGCCAUCACCACGUUCCAGGAUACAGGCGAUCAUCAUGCCCUUCGACACAAAGGCGAUCGCAAUGCUUUAUGGUUCUUCCUUAUUGCGAUUCUAUCAACAAUGUUUAUCGGAUACCAGAAUUACGAAUUUGGUGCGGCGGCGGCGCACUUGACCAACAGGUUGAGGAUGUUGAGUUUCAAAGCAAUGCUUCGGCAAGAUAUUGAAUUCUUUGACGAGGAGAAGCAUAAUAGUGGAGCUCUGACAACUAGCCUCAGUGAUAACCCACAGAAGGUCAAUGGGCUCGCAGGAGUCACACUUGGGGCUAUUGUUCAGAGUUUGGCGACUGUCGUCGCAGGCUCCAUCUUAGGUCUUAUAUACCAAUGGAAGCUUGCUCUUGUUGGCAUUGCUUGCAUGCCAAUUCUGAUCUCGACUGGAUACAUCCGCCUUCAAGUUGUUGUCCUAAAGGAUCAACAGAACAAGAAAGCACACGAGCAAUCCGCUCAGGUUGCAUGCGAGGCCGCUGGGGCGAUCCGUACAGUUGCAUCGCUGACCCGUGAAAAGGAUUGUCUCGAAAUCUAUAGCAAGUCUCUCGAAGAGCCACUCCGCCGUUCAAACCGCACCGCGAUGUGGUCCAAUCUCAUUUUUGCGUCGUCACAAGGCGCUGCCUUCUUCGUCAUUGCCCUAGUGUUCUGGUAUGGCGCAGAGGGAGUGAGCAAAUUUCAAUACAGCACGAACGCCUUCUUCGUCUGUUUAUUCGCCGUCACAUUUGGUGCAAUCCAGGCAGGUAAUGUGUUCUCGUUCGUCCCGGACAUUUCGUCGGCGAAGGGCGCAGGCUCCGACAUCAUUCGUAUAAUGGACUCCGUCCCGGAGAUUGACGCCGAGUCCAAGGAGGGCGCUGUGUUGAAAGAGGUGCAAGGGCACAUUCGCUUUGAAAACGUGCACUUCCGUUACCCGACACGUCCUGGCGUACGAGUGCUUCGGGAUUUGAACCUGGAGGUUAAACCUGGCACGUAUAUUGCGCUUGUCGGCGCUUCAGGCUGCGGUAAGAGUACCACUAUCCAGCUUUGCGAGCGCUUCUAUGAUCCCUUGGCGGGUAAAGUCUACCUCGACGGACAAGACAUCUCGAAGCUCAACGUCCAGGAAUUCAGGAAGCAUCUCGCCCUUGUGUCACAAGAGCCUACUUUAUAUGCGGGCACAGUCCGUUUCAAUGUUCUGCUUGGAGCGACAAAGCCACACGAAGAAGUCACUCAAGAAGAGAUUGAGGCUGCUUGCCGCGACGCCAACAUUCUCGACUUCGUUAAUUCUUUACCUCAGGGCUUCGACACGAAUGUCGGAGGCAAAGGCUCUCAACUCUCUGGUGGCCAGAAGCAACGUAUUGCCAUUGCACGAGCUCUUCUACGCAAUCCUAAAGUACUGCUGUUAGAUGAGGCAACGUCUGCACUGGACUCGAAUUCCGAGAAGGUCGUGCAGGAGGCGCUUGAUAAGGCCGCUAGAGGUCGAACGACUAUAGCCAUUGCACAUCGAUUAUCUACCAUUCAAAAUGCGGACUGCAUCUACUUCAUCAAAGAAGGGCGAGUCAGUGAAGCGGGAACGCACGAAGAACUGGUCGCACGAAAGGGUGACUACUACGAAUACGUCCAGUUACAAGCCUUAUCGAAGAAGUAGUACCUGGAUCCCUCCUUGUUUCCCGUGUUUUGUGAGAUAUUAUUGUGUUCGGCUUUUAUCGUAUACUUUUUAUGGAUUUCAUACCCUGCGUCUUACUAAUUUCUUGACGACCUGGAAAAUUCCAUUUAAUAUUUAACGAGAAUUCACGUUGCUUUGUGUUUUGCUUCCCCAAAUCCCCCCACUUGAUUUAUCCCCUUCUUCCUCAUCUUCUUCCUUCCCCCCUUUUUCGUUUUCGUUCGUGACGUCUUUCUCGAUGACGAUGUAGAUGCUUUCAUGACGGAUAUUACCUGCAGGAUCGAUCGGAGUGGAUCGAAUAGCAGACUAUUAGAAGAUUAAUGUAGCGAAAAAUAAAU